AUGAUGGCAAUUGCGUGCAGUAUGCUUGAGAAGACUAAUAUUUACUUCUUGUUGAUUUACACAGGAAUAUCCAGUUUCUAGCACGGGCGAAAGACAAAAGGGAAAAGAUCAUAUAGCACAAAAAAAGAAAGAGUAGACGGGAAAAAAUGAUGUUUAUUUGCCCGUGUUUAGUAUGCGACACGUGGCGCCUAUUUUCAGCGGAAGGAUUAUAAUCCUCUUAAAUAUAAUGAAAACACAAUUAACUGCAAUAUCGCUAUUUAAGCUUAUUUCGUUCUAGUAGCGGGCAGUCGUCUUGACGUGAAAAUGAUGAUCAAGCUCAUGUCACCUUCAAGAGAUGAAUAAGCUUUUCAUUAAUCAAGAGUAAAAAUAAAGACUUUUUAAUAUCUAGUUGACUACGAUUAGAUAUGUAGCCACCCCUUAAUGUCUAACUGACUUUAAAACUUUGUUCCCUUGGUUUAAAUUGAAACAAGUUUCAAAGCAACUGUGAUCGUUAGAAAUCGGUUCUUCGAGAAAAUGCCUGUUUUAAGAGAAGAUCUAAAGAAGUAAAAGUUCCAACUUUUACAAUAAAGGAUGUCAGGAAUUGUAAUUGAGAAUGGAUCAAGUCUCGAUUAUUUUUUUAUUCUAUACUUUUACCCAUAGUCUGUCUUGUCGUGCAACUUCCUGUAACACAAUUCCUAGAUUGGCGCUGUUAUUCUAACUUUGGGUUUCGCGGUGAUGGAAAAUCGUUCACUGAUCUUUUAACCUGAACACCAUUCAAGGUGAAUCUAUUGCGCCGUGAUUUCCUGCAAUUUAUUAGUGGUUUGUGGGUAGAAUGUGAUUUGCGAUGUCAUUAUAUUUUGGAUGCACAGAAUUGGAUCAUUAACCCAAUUCAUGGCACUCAUCUCGAGCACGCUACUUACGUGUUGGGAAAAAUUCAAGAGGAGCACUUUGUAUGCUUUGCGGCUUUGUCUGAAAUUCAGACCGGUAGACCAAUAUACACAAUAACAUUAAACUUGGGCGGAUUUAUUAACGAAACCAAUUGGAAUCUUCACUCUGAUUGGUCUUUACUACUCUCGUUUUUUUCGGAGAAAGUGUUGAUAGACAGAAACCCGUGUAAUAACUACUGUUUAUAAGACAAGCGCUUUUGAGAAGCUCAGCUGGGCAAACAUCGCAUCUUAUCCCAUCGUGAUGAAGUCCAUAGAAUCGAUUGUCGUCUUACAAGUGCUGUUAGGUAUUCUCACCAUUGGGCAACAGAUGGAAAAGGGAGACGGUAAAAAGAUCAUCAUUAUUAUGACAGGAGGUCGUGUAGAGGAACCGAAACCACCUCCUCCAAAACAAGUUGAAAAACGUGUAUCCAACGUUAGGCAUCGAAAGCACAAGAAAGACAGAUGGCUUCAACAAUGGGUAAAGAGGAUGAUGUUAAGUAAGAAA